CCUCAUAGCUCCGCGAACGGUUGACAUCUAAAAAUUAUUAAUACAAAGCCACCGGGAUAUACACCAGCUGCAUACUGCAAGUGAGCCAGCCAGUCGCCUUGCAUCGGUCGCGCGGGGUGCUCGUGUGUGCAGCGUAUGUACUGAAACACGUUAAUUUAUAUUUACUUCAUUUUAAUUUGACGUUUCGAUUUCGUUAACAACCGGAAUCGAUAGAAACGAUUGUCGACUAUCGAUGAUUCGUUGACGACUUGAGUGUUCGAUUAUUAAAUGUUAUCGUUUGAGUUGUGUUUGUAAACAGUGAUGAUGUGAUUUAAAUUUAGAACGUUUUGACGGGCGUUCAUAGACUACUUUUAUUUUUAAAUAUUUUUUUUCGAAAACGCGUUUACUUUGCUACUUUAUUUUUUUUUUAAAUUGUGGAAUAGACUCUUUGAUAGUGAAUAGAUUUUAUAGUGGGUUUUUUAGUGAGAUGGUUACAGUGCUAUUGUUUAUCUGUGAAUAAUUCUUGGAUUCAAUCAACAUGUUCGGUGUCUUCAUAAAAAGGUGGAAACCAAAAAGAAUAUCUAACAACGAAAGAAAUGAAAGCCCUGGGACCGACGGUAGUGUGUCACCUGAACCACCUGACCGACCACCCGGGAAUCGGGUUCGUCAGGUUCAUCCAGAACAGAAAACACAAGUAUUAGCAUAUGAUUCCACCUACCGAAAGAAAAACAAACCAAAGUCGCUCCCUCUGGAAGACAAUCAGAUGUACAAUCACUUAGCAAACGCCAAUGUUGCUAUGUCGCCAAUGUACCCCUUGACUCCUAAUAUUUGUAUUGAGGGAGGGAAGAUUGAGUUCAUAAAAUCGCCACCGGGUAGUGCUAGGAAUAGUAUGGCGCUAGCGUCGCCACCUCAAACGCCUUUACUAGUUCGACGUGAUUCGAGGGAUAAACACGAACGAGCUUGUAGCGAUGAGCCGGAGAAGUUCGACGGCGAUAAGGAACUUCUGGAGAAGAGAAUAAAGCAACUUGAAGACCAGUUGGAGGAAGAGAAGCGACGAACGCAACGCGAACGUAUGGCUGUGACGAAGUUGCAGAACAAACUUAUAAAGGUAAGAAAUUUAUUUUUAUUUGCAUAACCAGACCGUUGUUUCAGUUGGCAGGGACUCAAUUUUCUACUGUCGGGAUGUAGAUUUAUUUCCCGCCUCGAGAGUGGAAAGAAUAUAAGAUAGAAGACGAGUGACCGAUCAUUGACUUCGUAAUGGUUAUUUUUGACAUUUUAGGUUUGUUUGGUACUAUUUCAGUCGUUCUACAAUAUUAAAAUAAUACUGAUAACGAAAUGAAACAAAAAAGCUAUUUA